AUGAGAGUGUUGAACAGGCCAGCGCGAAAGUCACAUUAUGGGGCAUUGGAAGCUUCAGCAGAACCAGCAGAAUCGCUCAGAAAUCAGUCGUACUCGAAGACCUCGAAUUCUGAAGAAGCGGGCUGCGGGCAGACCCGACUGGCCAGACACGACCUGCGGGUCGGAUCCGUAAAGCUCAGUCGGGCGAUCGAAUUUCGGGUGACCGGCGUGAGGUGCCAAAAUACUUCUCUCUAUGAUUGGUAUUCAGCUGAGGGAAUAACUGCAUCCCUGAAGGCAGACGGCAAAUAUUUCACCCUCAACAACCAAAAGAUCCUAAUUCUCAGUGGGGCCAUUCAUUAUUAUCGUGUUCAUCCCGAAUACUGGCGAGAUCGACUACUAAAGCUCAAGGCUCUUGGUCUCAACACCGUGGAAACGUAUGUCCCCUGGAACUUGCACCAGCCGAUGCUGGAUACAUAUGAUUUCGGGACUGGAACUGAUCACAUGUCCCAGUUCUUGAACAUUACGAAUUUCCUUGAAAUCGCACAGGAACUGGGAUUAUUCGUUAUCCUUCGACUCGGGCCUUACAUCUGCUCCGAAUGGGAAUUCGGUGGCCUUCCCAGUUACCUGCUGGAGACGCAAGAGAAGUUGAGGAUUUCGGACGAGAAGUUCUUGAAAAUAGUUCAAGAUUUUUUAGAUGCUCUUUUUUUAACAGUUCCUUUAGUCAAGGAUUUUGUUUGGCGCAACGGAUCCACACCGUAUCCCAUCAUAGCUGUACAGGUGGAGAACGAAUAUGGUCGUUUCGGCUACGGUCUACCUGAUACAGUAUACUUGUCGACAAUACUGGCCAAGUUCAAAUCAAAAUUUGAAAAUGAAGAUCUGCUGUUUUUCACUUCUGACACCCCCUCAAUUUCUGGGACCCUUGGGGCCAUCCCAGAAGUGCUGAUGACGGCUAAAAUCCAAAACAAUUCCGGUGCGGAAUUGGACGAAUUGAUGAGGCUUCAACCCGACCGACCCCUGAUGGCGGCGGAAUUCUGGACUGGAUGGUUCGAUCAUUGGUUGGAGUCUCAUCAAGUUCGAGACACCAAAUGGUUCAGUGAGGAGCUGAGCGAGAUCCUGAGAAGAAAUGCAUCUGUGAACUUUUACAUGUUUCACGGAGGAACAAAUUUCGGAUUCAUGAACGGAGCAAAUGUCUUCGAUCACUGGCCUUAUUACGCACCUGAUGUCACGAGCAACGAUUUUGGUGCCCUGCUGUCAGAAGCUGGGGACUACACAGACAAGUACGAGGUGGCUGCAAGUAUUAUCAAUACGUUUUACAGCAAAGUAGAUGAACUGCCACCCCUUCAACAGUUGGAAAGCCAUGAGAGACCACCGGAAACCAACAAAACUGCUUAUGGCAAUGUCCCUAUGACUCAUUUCAUGAAAUUCCAAGACAUCAUCCUAGUCGUCGGCAAGGCGAAUGAACCAAGUAUUCCGGAAAAACCAUGGCCGAGCAUGGAAGAGCUAAGAAUAAAGCCCAUUGAUGAGACGAAAUUUAGAGGUCAACGAUAUGGUUUUAUCCUUUACCAACUCGAAGAUAAACCCGAACCAGGGGUAGUUCUUCGGGCCUCUGGGAAGAUCAAAGACAUGGCCUACGUCCUCGUCGAUGACAUCGUCGUCAAUCCCCCAUACAGUCUGCCUGAAGAUCUCAAGAAGUUCGGAUUCUGGGCCACAAGGGAAGCGGACUUUGUGAUCCCACAAGAGGGAACGCAUUUGGCCGUGAUGGUUGAGAACUUGGGUAGGAAUAACUUUGGGAAACCACACGAUUUUGAGCAGAGGAAAGGACUUCCUGACGGCCCCCUCAAAUUCAAUGGAGCUGAAGCGAAAAUCGACAAUAGCAAAAUUUUCGCCCUUGAGUUCACCAAGAAGGACUUGGAGGAGUGA